AUGGCUUCUGCCAGCUUCUCCCACCACGACCCUCAACAACACGCAGCUAUAAACAGUGUCCUAAUAGCGAUAUUCCGUGCCGCUAAAACUGCGCAGAGAGGUGCGAAGGAUUGGGACUAUGCACCGAGUGAUACGAUCAAUUCAUAUUUGGAUUAUAUGUAUGAACAGUUACCGCGCUUGAUGUCAGAAGAUGCCUCGGGGUGCAUCAUCCCUGCUUCGUACAAGAGAACCACAGGCCAGAACAUGGAUACGUACUAUGGAAGGGCGUGGAAGGGUGCGUGGUGGCAGGAGGACGAUGAUAGGAAGAGGUGGAGGCUGAUCGAGCUGAACAAACAUCUGAUCGAGGGUGUAUCGGAACCCGAGACUCAUUCAAGGGUUAGAAAUGGUUACAAGAAGUACGACGAUGCCGCCGGUAACUCUGAAACAUCAGUCAGGUUUCGCAGGUACACAUUUGGAAAUAAUCCUCCGUUGCCGCCUUCCCGCCUUCUAUAUGACAUUUCGCCGAUCGCAAAGCCCACUGGUCCCGUACCCCGAGGACCUCGUCAACAGAUUGAAGCCUCACGCUCGCCGAAGGCACCGCGUAUCCUCGUACCUCGAGGACCCGCCCGUUGUUCUUGGACAAGUCUGGAGACCAUUCGGCCAAAGCAGACACCUGUGGAGGAUGUACCACCUGCGUCACAGCCACCGCCUUUCAUAAAAGAAGGGACUGAGGAGGGAGAGCUCAUCGAGCUGGUCAAGUCGACGCCGGACAAAUCCAGUCUGGACGUAAUGAGUCGUCUAGAGAUGCGGUUGGACAUCAGUAUUACGGAUGAGUAUUGGGAGGACCUCUUCAAAUGCGACGUUUGA